AUGGCAGACGUGGUAAACUCACCUUCCAACUUGACUUGUAAUCUAAAGUUACUUAAUGCGUCCAUCUCAAUGGAAAAGAUGGCCUCUAAUGAUUCUUCGUCCACUAUAACCUCCUCCGAUAAAUCAAGUAAAAAUACCAAAAUGUUACGACGAAAUCGACCUGGAACAAAACUCGAGAAUGCUUACCAAAAUCCCCAUAUAUCCCUAGAAGAAUUAGACUCCGCUUUCGCAUUACAAGAAUACAUACAAUCGCUGGUUCGGACCGAUAAAGAGAAUAUUGAUGCACUUGUGAAUCUUCCCCCCAAACAAGACAAAGAAUCCUGGCAGUACGAGCAUUUGAGGCAAUUUUGUUUAGAAUUAACUUUUCUUGUGGUUCAGUUGUCGACUGAAUGUACACGUGAGACAUGCCCGGAGAUGAAGGUGAUUAACUGGAUGUAUUUAUGUGCGAUGCAUCAAGCACAAAUAGGGUGCUGUGCUAUUGAUUAUAUAGUCCAUACGUUGGAUGCGGCAACAACUUUACUUAAUAGUCACCGAUAUUUUCCUAGCAGGAUAUCCAUUCCUCCAUCAUCACUGAAACAUUUCCAACAAAUCGCCAGGCGACUCUACCGAAUAUUCGCGCACGCGUAUUUUCAUCAUCGAGAGAUAUUCGAGUCGUUUGAGGCAAGUGUAAAGAUCACUUUCUCACGUAUGGUUAGUUAUUGA